AUGAAGUUAGUCCAAUUUUGCUUCCUUUUCUGCUGCUGGAGAGCAAUCUGCUGCAAGAGCUGUGAGCUGACUAACAUCACCAUCACAGUGGAGAAAGAGGAAUGCCGCUUCUGCAUAAGCAUCAAUGCCACUUGGUGUGCGGGCUACUGCUACACCCGGGAUCUAGUAUACAAGGACCCAACCAGGACCAACACCCAGAAAACAUGUACCUUCAAAGAACUGGUAUACGAGACAGUGAAAGUGCCUGGCUGUGCUCACCAGGCAGAUUCCUUGUAUACAUACCCAGUAGCCACUGAAUGUCACUGUGGCAAGUGUGACAGUGACAGUACUGACUGCACCGUACGAGGCCUGGGGCCUAGCUACUGCUCCUUCAGUGAAAUGGAAGAAUAA